AUGGCCACUGCUACCAGCCAGGCACAGGAACUCAUAACCUGUGACCUUUGUGUCAAACCUGUCCAACAAUUUUGUAACAGCUGCCAAAUCGGUCUGUAUGAAGACUGCAUCAACAAACAUAUCAAGAGCCUCAAGUCCAUGAAGCAUGACAUUGUUCCUUUCACAAAGCGUACAGUACAGCUUGUGUUCCCUCAGUGUACAUCUCAUUCCCACCAGAGAUGUGAGGCCCACUGUCAACAGUGUGAUGUCCCAGUCUGCAUCAAAUGUCUCACUGGUCAACAUAAAAGCCAUGCUUUCGAUGACCUAGAUAAAAUCAUAGCUUUGAAGAGAGAAAAAAUUAAACAAGAAACUGGAGAAAUUGAGGGCAUUAUCCUGAAGACCACAACACAAGAUUCAGACACUGAAAACAAAAUUUCCAAAUCCAUGAUUCAUUAUACAAAUUUACAGAAACAGGCAACUGAUCAAAGAAAACAAUGGCACCAAGAGGUGGACAACAUCUUCAACAAAAUGGAAUCCCUGAUCCAGUCACUCAGAGAUCAUCAUAUUACAAAUCUAAAAUCUUGCCAGUCCAAACUCAGAAGUCAGAAUUCCAUUAUGGGCCAAACUGUUGAAGAAAACAAAGAAAUCCUGAAGUCCAACAAAGUGUCUGAUGUCAACAACUACCAAUCCAAACUGAAAGAAUACAGGAUCAUUCCACAAAUACCUGAUUUACCAUUGCCCUCUCUUCAAACAAACACAGUCCAAGGAAGAGAACUCAGCAUAGAUUAG